UGUCCCUGCUCUCUCCCUCCCAGUUCUCCAACUCCCCGCCUGGACCAAUCAGAUCGGCAGCUCGGCGAGGGCCAGGCGACGGAUGAGGCCCGCACGGUCGGGCAUUAUGAAAGACCUCGCCGCCAGCCCUUCCGGUUUAUCGUCCCCCAACCCUCCCAGCCAGGAGGUCAAGGCAGAGGGAACCAGCAAGAAGAGGAAGCUCGCCAACAGCAGCAGUAGCGUCACCGACAAGGACGAUUUCGACCCCAUCUCCCCACCCAAGAGCUCCAACCACAUCCAGAAGAAGCUGAGGUUUGAGGACACUCUGGACUUUCUAGGACUCGAUGUAAAGAUGGCUGAGGAGUCCCCCUCCUCCUCCUCCUCUACGCCCCAGCCCCUGAGGAGUAAAAGUAUGCUCAUCUCUCCAGUGGCCGCGGGGCAUCAUGCCAACGGGCUCACCAAAGCCUCUCCUGUCUCCAGCUUUGCCAACACCAAGCCUGGCUCAGCCAAGAAGUUAGUCAUCAAGAACUUUAAAGAAAAACCCAAACUUCCUGAGAACUACACUGACGAGACCUGGCAGAAGCUGAAAGAAGCAGUUGAUGCCAUUGAAAAUAGCACUUCAAUAAAAUACAACUUAGAAGAAUUAUACCAGGCUGUUGAAAACCUUUGCUCUUACAAGAUUUCUGCAAAUCUCUACAAACAAUUAAGACAGAUAUGCGAGGACCACAUCAAAGCACAAAUUCACCAGUUCAGAGAAGAUUCUUUGGAUAGUGUUCUGUUCCUAAAGAAAAUAGACAAAUGCUGGCAGGAUCAUUGCAGACAAAUGAUCAUGAUUAGAAGUAUUUUCCUUUUUUUGGAUCGUACCUACGUUCUUCAGAAUUCCAUGCUGCCGUCUAUAUGGGACAUGGGACUAGAACUAUUUAGAACUCACAUAAUCAGCGAUCAAAAAGUUCAGAACAAGACUAUUGAUGGCAUUCUUCUCUUAAUUGAGAGAGAAAGGAACGGAGAAGCCAUUGAUAGAAGUCUGUUACGAAGUCUUCUGAGUAUGCUUUCUGACCUACAAAUUUACCAAGAUUCAUUUGAGCACAGAUUCUUGGAAGAAACAAAUCGGUUGUAUGCUGCUGAAGGCCAAAGGCUCAUGCAGGAAAGAGAGGUCCCAGAAUAUCUUCAUCAUGUAAACAAGCGCUUAGAAGAGGAAGCUGAUCGAGUGAUCACAUAUUUGGAUCAAAGCACACAGAAACCUUUAAUUGCCACAGUUGAAAAGCAACUUCUUGGUGAACACUUAACAACAACGCUCCAGAAAGGUUUGAAUCACCUUCUGGACGAAAACCGAAUUCAGGACCUCUCCUUGCUUUAUCAGUUGUUUAGCAGAGUCCGAGGGGGAGUGCAGGUUCUUCUACAGCACUGGAUUGAGUACAUCAAGGCCUUUGGAAGCACCAUUGUGAUAAAUCCGGAAAAAGAUAAAACUAUGGUACAAGAACUGCUGGAUUUCAAAGACAAAGUUGACCACGUGAUUGACGUGUGCUUUAUGAAGAACGAGAAGUUUGUCAAUGCCAUGAAAGAAGCUUUUGAAACGUUCAUCAACAAGAGACCAAACAAGCCAGCUGAACUUAUAGCAAAAUAUGUGGAUUCAAAACUGCGAACUGGAAACAAGGAAGCGACAGAUGAGGAGCUGGAGAAAAUGCUGGAUAAAAUUAUGAUCAUAUUUAGGUUUAUUUAUGGGAAGGAUGUCUUUGAGGCCUUCUACAAAAAAGACCUAGCCAAGAGGCUCUUGGUGGGGAAAAGUGCUUCCGUGGAUGCUGAAAAAUCUAUGCUUUCCAAACUUAAGCAUGAAUGUGGUGCUGCCUUUACUAGCAAACUUGAGGGAAUGUUUAAAGACAUGGAGUUGUCUAAGGACAUAAUGGUUCACUUUAAACAGUAUAUGCAGAAUCAGAAUGUGCCAGGAAACAUGGAGUUAACUGUGAAUAUUCUAACGAUGGGUUACUGGCCCACCUACGUGCCUAUGGAAGUUCACCUACCUUCUGAGAUGGUGAAACUACAGGAAAUAUUCAAGACUUUUUACCUUGGGAAGCAUAGUGGCAGAAAAUUACAGUGGCAGUCCACAUUAGGACAGUGCGUCUUAAAAGCAGAGUUCAAUGAGGGUAGAAAAGAGUUACAAGUUUCGCUCUUCCAAACGCUUGUUCUGCUCAUGUUUAAUGAGGGUGAGGAAUUUAGCUUUGAAGACAUAAGGCAAGCCACUGGUAUAGAGGAUAGUGAAUUAAGGAGAACCCUCCAGUCGUUGGCCUGCGGCCGAGCCCGAGUUCUUUCCAAGAAUCCCAAGAGUAAAGACGUAGAUGAUGGCGACAAGUUCACAUUCAAUGAUGACUUUAAGCAUCAGCUGUUCAGGAUAAGGAUCAAUCAGAUUCAGAUGAAAGAGACGGUGGAGGAACAAGCCAGCACUACAGAGCGAGUCUUUCAGGACCGGCAGUACCAAAUUGAUGCUGCCAUUGUUCGAAUCAUGAAGAUGAGGAAAACCCUUAGUCACAAUCUUUUGGUGUCGGAGGUCUACAACCAGCUAAAGUUCCCAGUGAAGCCUGCAGAUCUGAAGAAAAGAAUAGAAUCCUUAAUAGACAGGGACUACAUGGAAAGAGACAAAGAGAAUCCCAACCAGUACAAUUAUGUUGCAUAAUAAAAUAUAUGGCACCUAGCGGAUAAUUAAAGCUUGAUCCCAUUAAAUUAACUUGUUACACUAUUGAUAACGGAGUCCUGCAGAAAGAAGAAAGCGUGAGCAGAAUUUUUAUUUUUUUUUCCCCGGCAAUUUGAAAAACUUACUUUCAAAGAAUACACAUUACAUUUCCUAAGAAUGCUGUUGAACUCUUUUGCAUGUUUUAGAACGAAGUGUCCUGGGUAAUCUGCUGGACACGCUGAAGAUUACAAGGCCAUAUGACGACCUUUAUCAGCUCCUCCUAAAACUGACUAAGAAACCAACAUGUCCUCAUCUGAUCUAUCAAUCUGCAUGCAAACCAAGGCGGUAAAAGAUGUGUGUGCGCAAAAAGGCUCGCCGAGGCCCCGGUUACGGACCUGGAUAUCUGACACUUUUACCAGUUCCCAAACCAGAGCCUAAACAUGUUCCUGUAAUGUCAUCUGAUCACGUGCCAGCUCGUAUUGUAAACUCUCCUACUAGUACCAAGCUACAGUGUGUAGGAAUAAUCAGCGUACGUUUUGCGAUUUAGUUGAUUGUUUGGUGUACCUUGGCUUUUGUUUUCCUGAGUGAGACGCACUGCUUUAGCCCACAAAUUUGGUCAAAACGUGGCAAAUCAUGCACUGACUUCCUGCCUCAUGGAGACAAUAGGUCUGUGACAGCUUUUAUACAGUGGCUUCCCAGAACAUGGGCCUGUGGCCAGAUAUUUGGCUUUUUUAAUAGGCCUUUUGCUUCAGUAUUGAGCGAGUGGAUUGUACGCAAGAUAUGAAUUAAUUGAAGGGUUUUGACA